AUGGACGAAGAGAUGAAUAGAUACAUAUUAAUGAAUGAAGGGAAGGGAUUAAUUCCUGGAUAUCCUAAAUCCAUGUUAGAUAUACUCGGAAACCAUAAUAUUGCUGCUGUUUAUGGCUCCACUCAUAAAUACAUGCGCCAAAAUAUUUUAUCCCUUAUCGGAAUCCCUAUUAUCAAACAUAAGCUUUUCCCCAGGAUUGAUUACUAUAUCCGGACUCACCUCUCCGAUUGGGAUGAUGCUACCACUAUUAACAUUCAACAGAAAACCAUGGAUAUGGUAUUCUUGAUGGCCUUUAAACUGAUCUUUGGAGAUGAAUCGGAUUCGAUUUACGACGGUUUUAAAUCCGAGUUCGAUAAAUUGGUGAUUGGGUCUCUUUCUCUUCCCAUCAACUUUCCAGGCACAAGUUAUUACCAUGGAUUUAAGGGAAGGAGAAAUGUGGUCAAGGUUUUGAAAGAAAUAAUAGCAAAGCGAAGGGCUUCCUCGGAAAAUAAUUACGAAGACAUGCUAGAUCAUUUUUUAGUAGAGACGAAAUUCGCCCUAAAAGAAGAGGAAAUUAUCGAUCAGAUAGUCACGAUUUUGUACUCGGGUUACGAAACUGAGUCUACUACUUCAAUGAUGGCUGUCAAGUACCUCCAUGAUAAUCAAGAAGCUCUUCAAGAACUAAGGGACGAGCAUUUAUCGAUUCGGGAGAGAAAAUCGGAUCAAGAGCAGACACUGGAUUGGGAUGACUACAAGUCCAUGAGAUUCACACGUGCUGUAAUUUUGGAAACUCUAAGGUUGGCUACUAUCACAAAUGGAGUCCUAAGGAAGACAACUCAAGACAUGAAACUGAAUGGAUUUGUAAUUCCAGAAGGAUGGAGGAUCUAUGUGUACACAAGGGAGAUCAACUAUGAUCCACUCCUCUAUCCAGAACCUCUAAAAUUUAAUCCCUGGAGAUGGCUGGAUAAUAAAAAUUUGGAGUCACACAACUAUUUCUUGAUAUUUGGAGGAGGAAGCAGGAUGUGCCCUGGAAAGGAACUGGGAAUAGUUGCAAUUUCUAUUUUUCUUCAUUAUUUUGUGACAAAAUACAGUUGGGAAGAAGUUGGAGGAGAGAGAAUCAGAUACUUCCCAAGAGUGGAGGCACCAGAUGGAUAUCACAUACGUGUGAAGAAGAAUCUGUAAUGAUUACCUUACUUUUUUUAGGUGGAAUGGGA